UUGCAGGCCAACAUGGUGCAGCGGUUGGUGUUUAGACGACGAUUGUCGUACAAUACGAAAUCAAACAGGCGACACAUUGUUCGCACCCCUGGCGGUAGACUGGUAUACCAAUACCUAAAGAAGCCCAAGAAGAUCCCGAGGUGCGGACAGUGCAAGGAUAAACUCAGGGGUAUCCUUCCUGCGCGUUCGCAGGAGCGUUCCCGUUUGUGCAGACGCAAGAAGACUGUAAAACGGGCGUACGGUGGCGUUUUGUGCCACAAAUGCGUCAAAGAAAAGAUCGUCAGAGCUUUCCUCAUUGAAGAACAGAAGAUUGUUGUUAAAGUGUUGAAAGCGCAACAAGCUGUAAAAACUAAGAAGUAACGGACAGGUUAAUAAAUGUGUAAUUUCUA